AUGUGGUUAGUCAUCUUAUUGACAGUUGUUUUAUCUUCAUUUGAACGUGUCGUUACUGCUAAAACUAAUACGAGAAAUGGACCGAGUGUGCGGCAUCAUACCAGCUUACCAUUUACAUUUGAUUAUAUUAUUCUUGGCGGUGGUGUCGGCGGAUCAGUAGUGGCCAAUCGUUUGAGCGCUUCUGGUCAGGAUACUGUCCUUCUUCUUGAAGCUGGAACAAAUGUUGAAGAUGAACAGUUGGUGUCUAUUCCGAGAAAUUGGGUCCGUAACGUCGCAUCAUCACUCAAUAGAAAUGAUUUAAUAGCACCAAACGAGCCUGUUGUCACAUACGAUCGCACUAAACGUCAACUGUCUAGUGGAAAAGCACUUGGUGGAACCUCUGCUAUCAACGCACAACUGUAUGUUCGUGGAAAUCCUUUGGAUUAUGACAAAUGGGCAGAGCAAGUGGGAACUGACUGGAAUUAUCAAAAUCUUCUACCUUACUUCAAGCGAGUCGAGACUUCUCCACGUUACUCGACAAAUCCUGGUUAUCAUGGAAAUGCAGGACCUCUUCAUUUGAGUCGUGGAGGAUAUGAACCUGCUGCUGAUAUGCUCACUGUUCAAGCCUGUCAAGCAUUAAACAUGACAUUUGUCGAGGACUGGAAUGGAGCUCAGCAAAUCACUUCUCCUUUAGGUUCUGUCGGUUUUCAUGAAUAUACCAUUUUCAAUGGAACUCGUCAAACUGCCUUUGGUGCAUAUAUUCGUCCUGUAUUGAAUCGCAAUAAUCUUUGGGUGCAAGAUUCCAGUUUAGUGUCUAAAGUCAAUUUCGACGUCAGCAAAAAACGAGCUAUAAGUGUCGACUGGUACGAUUUGGAAACUAGGAAAGCUCACACCACUUCUGCUAAGAAGGAAAUUAUCGUCUCGUUAGGAAGUUUCAGAUCACCUCAACUUCUUCUUCUAUCUGGAAUCGGUAAUACGACAGAACUGAAUAAACUUGAUAUUCCAGUAGUUCAAGACUUACCCGGUGUAGGCGAGAAUCUGCAAGAUCAUGUGAUUACUACCGGUUUAUGGACUGUUGACAGUAGUUCUCCAUUUCCAAUUCCUCCCGGUUCGACUAUCGAUCAAACAGCUUGGGAUUUAUAUAAUUAUAAUCGCACGGGUAUUUUGGCUUCUGGCGGUUCUCGUACCCACGUUUUUAUUCGUACAAAAUUCCAGUCAGUUAAUGAUUCUCGUCCUGAUAUUCAGAUCACUGUCAGAACACCGAAUGGUACUAGUUUAUGGGCUUUAGCUUAUUUACUUCAACCACGUUCACGCGGUCGUGUCACUCUAGUAUCACGUGACCCGACUGAUGCGCCCAAUAUUCAAAUGAACUAUUUCUCCGAUCGUGCCUCGCAUGAUGUCAACACCCUUAUGGAAGGUAUUCGUCGUGUUAAUCAAAUCUUUAGCACUGCUCCAUUACGUAACUCUGGUUUCUCCAGUUUUGGUAAUCUUUCAGAUGAUGUUCAAUUUAAGAAUUAUCUCUAUGGAAAUAAGAAUUCCCUAGCUAACUCUAAUUCUGGGGACCACUUCACUGGAACUUGCAAGAUGGGCAUUGAUUCGAUGGCUGUUGUUGAUACACGUCUUCGUGUUCGUGGUGUCGUCGGAUUACGUGUGAUUGAUGCUUCCAUCAUGCCACUUAUUACUUCAGGAAACACUCAAGCUCCAGUGUAUAUGAUUGGUGAAAAAGGUGCACAAAUGAUUCUCGAUGAUAAUAAUAGUACUGAGACUUCUGCAGCAUUAUCGUCCCACCUUUCCUAUAAUUUCAGUAUUGUUACCGCAUUGUAUCUUGUUUUUGUAUUUCGGCUUUGA